UUCACGGAGGCUAUUAAAAUAUCAUUCGAGCUUCUGAAGUGGGUAUGACACUGAGACUGGCGGUGAGGUUCGAUACCCGGCUCAUCCCCGAGAUCCAAGCACGCCGAAACUCUCCUCUUACGUAUCUGCAUCUCUGAAACACGACUACAUCUCAACACACGACAAGUCUUCGAACGUUCUGUACGGCACGUACCUGCAUAUUUCGUGGCAAGCCAUCCUGGACGAUACCUGCUAACGACACACGCACUUGAAGGUUCGCGAAAUUGCCGGUUAAAGUUCUGCCCUAACGGCGGCCAUCAUGCCUCAGUUUCUGGACCUACCUCGGGAGAUUCGGGAUAUGAUAUACAUAGCUAUUAUCACGGCAGAGCGUCCUCGACCAAUCCUUGGAGAGGCUCACUGGCUAUUCCGGUUCCGAAAGGUGUUCGAAUCAUCGGCUAGCUCGUAUGGAGAGUACGGAUGUGCGUAUGCUCUUGAGCAGAAGCCGACCACUUGCGCCAACUUCCUUCGAUGUAGUCGCCAAAUCUACGCAGAGAUGAGUGAGGCCAUCCGUAUUGCAAGAAGAAAAGGGCGGGUGUCGGUUAAGCUUGACUGUGUCGCUGAAGAUGAGAGUUUCCACUACUUUACGUGGCUCGCGAUCCCUUUUGUAAAGACGAGCGUAAGCGUGGAUGAGCCCAAAUCUCGGAUCAUACCUGGUUGGGCGGAUAGGAUGAUGGAGAAGUACUUGACAUGUCCGCACCGCAUGUUGAGCAGUGGAUGUCUUUCUUGUCCUAGCUCUACAACCCUCAUAGAGAAGCUGUGGGUCGACAUCCGGCUUAUUGGAGAUCGAUCUGCGAAAUGGAUCCGGAACAACAAUCGUCCUGACCGAACAUCGUGGGCUGUUUGUGCCGCUGUCAAGCGACUCUUACUGCACGGUCCGGAUUUCCAAAGCAUAAAGGAUUCACGGAAUACGAUCGAAGUCGACGAGCUCAUUCUAAAUGUUGUAACACCGUCGAAUGUACCGAAUGAGAAUUAUCUGGCUGAGGACUUCCCGACCGAUAUGACUAGUGAUGGAUUGGUGCAUCCGCGGACGGUGGCGAAGGAGUUGGUGGACGUGUGGAACAAGAUCUGGGGUGCUGCCGAUUUCAGAGGCGGCUUUUACUACAUUCUGAUUGAAAGAAUCAAGAGAGUUAGGGUGUGUAUCAAUGAAGAGACAUGGCGAGUGCGGGAACUCCGGCUCGAAUUAGAAAGAGGGCAGGCUGAACGACGGAGGAUUGCCGCUAGAGCUGGUUGGUGAAUAUAAC